AUGGAGGAAGUAGAAGAAACAAAUUAUCGGGCAGGGAAUGGGCUGACCAGAAGGGUUCAGGGGGUGGGCGAGGAGCUGGAGGGGGUCACGCUUCCAUCGCCAUUUGCAGCAGAAAUGACUGAAGCUGAAGCAGAUGCACUUGUGAACAACCACCGAGCCCUCUACCAGCAAGCUCUCAAGCGCCGUGAGACGAUUGCUAGCAGCGUCGGCAAGACCAAGUGUGUUCACACCCUCUCUGGUGUGCCGGUUCCUCAGAAAAAAUCCCGCGCCGCUAAGUCCGGUGGGCAGAAAGGCAAGCGGAGGAGGAAGGCUGGAGCUACUACAGGCACUCAAGCUGACUUACCUGCUCACGCGUCGACCGAGGAGGAGCUUGUCACAGACGGGCUCCCGGACCUCCCUCUGCCAGCAAGUUCCCAGCAGCAGCAGCAGACCGUAAAGGCUCUCGACACUUUCACGUGGCUGAUAACAGACGCGCCAGUGGAGUGCAUGGAGUUCUUCCCAACAUUCGAAGUCUUCCAACCUCACCUCAUCACCAAGUACCAGCUGUGUGGAGUGAAUCGCGACGAGUAUUUCUACGCGACUGGCGGCAGAAUCGAGUUCGAGAAGCUGGUGAUGAAGGUCAUCAAAACGAAACAUUCAAACACCCACAAGAAGGUUCGUUUCUAUGCAUGGGGCGCGGGUGGGUUGGUGGAUGAGAGCAAGUGGCCGUUGCUGGCGGUGGAGCAGAUCAUUCCUUCUAAGAAGCGCACGGAAGAGAAGUGGCUGGAAGAAUUCAGGCACGGAAUUCCCUUUGCUAACAUUGCUUUUGAGAAGGCUGCUUUGGCUGCAUUCUCUGUUGUCACGUCCUCUCUGGUCUACGUGAAGAUUCCCAUGGUGGCUUACCUUUGUGUCGUGGUUGAAGCCCCCCUUGAAAGCUACAGGCCGGGGAAUGGCCAGCCUUCUCUUGGUGGUGUUCCGCUGACCAGCAGUAACCUGGUCCGUGCCAAGACUACUGUUGUUUUGGCGGCUCUACACGCCGCGAUGGUCAACAAUCCCACCUUCUUGAAGCACGAUGAACCCAAGGGCUUGGUGCUGGGUUCUGGGAAGGUGCGAAUUCUGAUUGAAGGAUGGGAGCGUGUUUUUCUGUAG